AUGGCUGAGGAUAAGGCCGUUAGCGCUGAUGGCAAGGGUGGUAGAGUGGGAGGUAAAUUAGCAACUGGUGCUAACGUCAAACAUCCUGAGAGUGAUGCUGAGGAAGAGGUGCAAGUGCCAGGGUCAUGCGAGAAGAAGGAGAAGAGGAAAGUGUUACCAGUGAAGACGCCAGUGAGAGAUGCAAUCCAAGCUGUGGGCCUUAUCGAUGAAUCAACAAUGGCACAUGAUGACAAUAAGAAGCUUGAUGAUGUCUCUACUAAAGAUUAUGGUAUUGCUGCCAAGUGCAUCUUGGGUUGGAGGACUGAUAUUCCUCCUGCUGGUUCAAAGCCAUCCUCCAGCUUGAGGAAAAAAUUAUCUACAAUGCCUUCCAACUUCUCUAGUACUGCUCCCUCCUCUAAACUAACUAUGGGGAGUACUAUUAGUAGUGGUGGUGCCCCACUCACACCCAUUGACACAAUCGCUGAUGCUGGGGCUGACAACGUGGCAGAUCAUUUUACGACCCUAUUUGCAGACGAUGAUUUGGACAAAUCAGUCAAGCACUCUCAAGCCCUUGCCCAUAUGUCUAAACCAAGGGCUGCUCAGGGCGUCAAGAUUUCUUCUAAGGUUCCUGAUACUUCAUCUGACAUUGUUGCCAAUGAUGAAAUGAACGUUGAGGCAGCUCCCCCAGUAGUAGCUUCCCUUGUUAACUAUGGAUCCAACACCAAUAUGGAAUCUGACCUCGAGCCUCCUCCUUCUAUGCAGGUCCCCAGAGGAUAUUAUGAUGCUGAUAUCCGUUGA